AUGAAUAUCAGAUGUGCAAAGCCUGAUGAUCUCAUGAACAUGCAGCAUUGUAACUUAUUGUGUUUACCAGAAAAUUACCAGAUGAAAUAUUAUUUUUAUCAUGGGCUGUCAUGGCCGCAGUUAAGUUACGUUGCGGAAGAUGAAAAAGGUCAGAUUGUUGGCUACGUUCUUGCCAAGAUGGAAGAAGACAGUGAUGACAAUCCUCAUGGACACAUCACUUCUCUUGCUGUGAAGCGAUCGCAUCGAAGGCUUGGGUUAGCACAGAAACUUAUGGAUCAGGCUUCAAGGGCGAUGCCCAAGUACUAUGCAGAUGGAGAAGAUGCAUAUGCAAUGAAAAGGGACUUAACACCCUUUGCUGCACAGAACAAUAUCGUUGCAGCUGUUGAUUUGGGUUCUUCAGAUUGUGUUGAUGAGAAAGGUAUCAUUACUGAAAGGCUGUAG